AUGGCUUCUUGCCACCAAAGUUUGCCAGGAAAAAUCCAUAGUAGCAGCAGCAGCUGCUGCUUUGAUGAACACCAAGUGGUGGUGGUUAUGGUACCUUUCCCUGAACAAGGACAUCUCAAUUCACUCCUGAACUUGUCACGCCUCAUUUUGUCACACAACAUACCUGUUCAUUUUGUUGGCACAGCCACUCACAAUCGUCAAGCCACACUUCGUGUCCAAGGUUGGGACCCAAACUCCAUUUCAAACAUCCAUUUCCAUGAUUUCAAAGUUCCUUCAUUUGCUUCUACUCCUCCUAACCCCAAUACUGAAACCAAAAUGCCAUCUCACACGAAUCCUUCCUUUGAAGUCUCUUCACAUUUUCGUGCGCCUUUGGUAGCCCUUCUCCAAUCCCUUUCAUCUGUGGCUAGAAGGGUCAUAGUGAUCCGUGACUCCCUCGUGGCAUCAGUGGCACAAGAUGCUAAAAACAUAGCAAAUGUUGAGAAUUACACAUUUCACUGCACCUGUGCCUUCAACCUCUUCCUGUACUAUUGGGAGGAGAUGGGCAAACCUCCACUAGAAAUCGGACAUAUACUAGAAGUUCCUUCUCUGGAAGGAUGCUUCACCCACCAAAUGAUAGAAAUUAUGAUUGAACAAAGUGAGUUCGUGAAAUUCAACGAUGGAAACAUAUACAACACAACCAGAGAAAUUGAAAGGCCUUACAUGGAGUUUAUGGAAAGCAUCACUGGUAGCAGCAAGCAUUGGGCACUUGGGCCCUUCAACCCUCUAACUAUUGAGAAUAAGAAAUCAAGGCACUUUAUCAUGGAGUGGCUUGAUAGACAAGAGCCAAAAUCUGUUAUAUAUGUAUCUUUUGGGUCAACAACAACCUUCACAGAGGAACAAAUUGAACAGAUAGCAAAUGGAUUGGAACAAAGCAAGCAAAAAUUUAUCUGGGUGCUGAGAGAUGCUGAUAAAAAAUACAUCUUUGGUGGAGAUAAAGUAAAAGAAUAUGAUCUUCCAAAUAGGUUUGAAACGAGAGUUGAAGGCAUGGGGCGAGUUGUCAGAGACUGGGCGCCCCAAUUGGAAAUUCUAAACCACCCUUCAACAGGAGGGUUUAUGAGUCACUGUGGAUGGAAUUCCUGCAUGGAGAGCAUGUCCAUGGGGGUGCCAAUAGCAGCAUGGCCUAUGCAAUUUGACCAGCCAAGAAAUAGUGUUUUGAUAACUCAUGUGCUAAAGGUUGGUUUGGUAGUGAAGGACUGGGCUCAAAGAGAUGAGUUGGUGACCGCUUCAGUUAUUGAGAAUGCAGUGAGAAGGUUGAUGGAAACAAAGGAAGGAGAUGAGAUGCGAGAGAGAGCAAUGAACCUUAAAAAUGCCAUCCAUAGGUCCAUGGAUGAAGGUGGAGUCUCUCGUAUGGAAAUGGAAUCUUUCAUUGCUCAUAUAGCUAGAUAG